AUGAGCAGCAGCAGCAGCAGCAGCAGCAGUAGUAGCAGCAACCCCAAUGAGGUUGUGAGUGAGGGUACAGGUAUAUGUGCCACACAUAAUAUGGAGGAGCAGGCAUCAGAUCCAGAUCUAGAUCCAGAAGAAGCCGCUACCAGUACAGUGGAUACUACCGGUACUACUACUGGAGGUGAUGGUACAUGUAGUACUGGAGGUACUAGUAGCAAUGGUGCAGAGGAGGACUGUGACUGUGACUCUAAGAAGUCCAUUCUGAUAGCUCAGGCCCAAGGAUUUCUAAUGGUGGAAGAAGAAACACAAGUAGAAGAACUGACUGAUGGUGAUGUGGAUGUUACCUCUUCUACCUGUACUGACACUUGUACAGGUACAGGUACUGCCAAAGGAAUGCAUGUAUCAUCUGCAGAGGCCCUGACUGAACUGAAUGUUUCCCAAAUGAUCCUGCAAGCGCAGAGAUCUGUUCAGCCACUUCCUACCCUCAGCAGUACUACCGGUGCCCCCUAUUGGCGAGAUGUUGGGGCCUUUUCCAUUCAGACCCCCAGACUUGCCACCUUGGCCACUGCUACUAUGGAUACUACAACAGGUAUGUCAGGUAUUCCUGUACCACCUCCACCACCCAGUGUGAGUUCCUUGGGGACGGAUCGAAGUCUCAUUGAAGCGCAGCUAGUGGCAGCUACGAAUGAUACCGACGUCAUGAUUGUCAUUGCCGAAGAAAUAGACGUGCGCAGUACCCACACCGAUGCUUCCACCGUGGCCGCCAAUACCAAACGAAGAAACAUGCUACAAGCCACUGCUGCCAUUGUCAUUAUCUUGCUCUUGGUGGCCAUUGUCAUUAUGCUAGUGCUACAGCAACAGCAACAGCAAAAACAGAGCCAGCCAAAGCUGCCCAACAACAACAAGGACAGUCGUUGCUUUGAGUCCACACAAGAUCUAUUGGAUGCCGUGGAUGCCUAUCUGCUGGAUGGCAGUCCCACUGCCAAUGUUUCACUCCAAUACGGUUGGCCCAUGGGAACGUGGUGUGUCACUCACAUUCGCCGAUUUGCUCAUGUCUUUCAGACCAGUCGUACCCGAGGACCGCAGUACUUUACGCGCAACGAACAAUUGACGCAAGCGGCCAAACAGUUUGCACCGGAUCUCAGUGACUGGGACAUGUCGCAAGCGCACGAUGUCGAAGAAAUGCUACGAGGCGUGCAAAACAUGUCGUCCGCGUGGGGAAUCCAACACUGGGAUACGAGUAACAUGCUCAGUCUCCGGGCACUCUUUCUCGAUACGCACUGGCCAACCGACAAUGAUCCGCCGAAUCUGGGUGCCUGGGACGUCUCCAACGUCCAGACACUGAAUCAACUCGUGCGAUGGAGUAACAUUCCACACGCCAACAUGUCCCACUGGGAUACCGGUAACGUCGUUGAUAUGGGACAUUUUGCGGAAGGAGCACCACUCUUUAAUGAAGACUUGUCCGCCUGGGAUAUGAGUAGUGCCGUCAACUUUCUCAAAAUCUUUUGGAAGGCAUCCAGUUUUGAUCAAGACAUUUCGUCGUGGAAUGUGCAGUCCGUCACCAACAUGGAGUUGGCGUUUGGCGCGGCGGUACGAUUCAACCAACCGAUUGGAGUGUGGGAUGUAUCGAACGUGACAUCCAUGUACUCCAUCUUUCAAGGUGCCACGGCAUUGGAUCAGGAUUUGGCACACUGGAAUGUAUCGUUAGUGUCGGAUCUCCGGUAUGCCUUUCAAGGGGCAUCCUCCUUUGCACAAGAUUUGUGUGCGUGGGGGGAGCGGCUUCCACCCACUGUCAAUGUGACGGGCAUGUUUCAAGGGACUGCAUGUCCCAACACGUCCGAUCCUGUUCUGGAAGACGGUGGCCCAUUUUGUUUCAAUUGCCAUGACCAUGGAGCAUAA